AUGGCAAAUAGUGACUGGACCAUAGCUUAUCCCUCAAGUAGAAGUGAAUAUCUACGUUUUGAAGGAUCAGAUCAUAGGCCCCUGGUAAUUUCUUUUGACCCUGUGAAAAGAAGGAGAAGCGGAUUAUUCCGAUAUGAUCGACGACUGAAAGGAAAUGAUGAAGUUAAAAAACUUGUGCUAGAGGCUUGGAACUGUAUACCGAAUGCAUCAGUUGAUCAGAGAAUCCAUCGAUACAGGACCGCAAUCAUCACCUGGUGCAAAACGCAACACUCAAAUAGUCAAAAAGAAAUUAUAGCUCUCCGAGAACUUUUGGAGGAGGCAAUGAGUGAUAAUGAAACCCCAAAACCUUCAAUUGACUCUCUAAACCACAGACUGCUGAUCGCAUAUAAGAGAGAGGAAGAGUUCUGGAAGCAGCGUAGUAGACAGUUAUGGCUAAACCUGGGAGAUAAGAACACUGGAUUUUUUCAUGCUGCCACCAAAGUGUACGAGGAGAAGGAUAUUGUUCAGGUCAUUUCAAACUAUUUCCAAGAUAUAUUCACCUCUCAGGCCGGGGACAAGACAACAGUUGCUAAUGAGGCACUGUCUACCUGCAUCACUGAGGAAAUGAACAGCAAACUAAUAACUAUACCAAAUGCCCUGGAGAUCAAGCAGGCGUGUUUCUAG